UGAGUAUCAAGUUUUUUCAUAUAUAAGUCAUCUUAUGCUACAUAAAAAAGCAUGAAAGAAAUACCAAAACCAUUAAUUUAGCGUUCUCUGUUUUGUAGUGUACACUUUGGCUCUGUUGUUGCUUUGUAAUUUGAUCUGUGAUCCCAACAACUGUAGUAAAGCUCAACGAAAUGUCAAGUCACAGGUAAAUCCUAAGUAAUUGUAGUAUUUCCUUGGGUUAUUAUUGUUGCAAGGAAUAACUUUUUAAUAACUAGUCAUGUCUGUUUUUAGUGCUUCAUGCUCAAGUGACAUUUCAGUCGACCUAACCGAUGCCUUUCGAAGUAUGAUACUGAACAAGCAUUUCAUGUUGUGGGAUGAUUUUGAAAGCGCCUUAAAAGAGUUCCAAAAAACUACUUAUGCUCGUUACAUCCACACAAAGCAGAUUGCUGAAGGAUGUCAGGUUCAAAUACCUGUUUGUAUCGUUUAAUUGUACGUUAGGUCAUAAACGGAAAUCGGAAGGUUUGAAAGUGAGGCAAAAAUCGUAAGAUCUUUAACUAAUAUCUUAUGUUGAAGGUCUAAAUUCCGUAAUUGUCAAUCUAAAUUCCGUGUAAGACUACAGGAGCAAGGAUAUGUCAUCAAAUCCUACAACAUGCUCCACAAUCAUCCAUGUAGUAGUUCAUGGAUGGUAUGUGAUCCAUGGACAAGGAGAUUAUCGUCAGAAGAAAAAGAGAACUUGAAGCCCGUAAUACUUCACUGUGAGUCAGCAGAUGAAGUUAUAGAAAGUAUUAAGGAGAGAACUGGUAAGCAAGUAACUGCUGCCAAUGUCAAAGGUAUGAAAGCUACACUCUCCACUGGUUGUUUUACUCGGAACCAGGUAAUGGAUAGGCUUAGACAGAAAGGCGAAGUGAGGGGACAUUUAGAAAAUGGAUAUGCCACUAGAAUAUGUUCCAGUAGUUAUAACCAAAUACAACUGUACAGGAAAUAUCCAGAAGUUUUGUGCAUUGAUUCUACGUAUAAUACUAAUAAUAAAAAGUGAAUAUGUUUAUCGUUGUAUUUUACUAUGUAGAUAUUCGUUAUUCCAGUUAGUGGUGACGGAUAAUUGCGGUCGAGGUCAAACUGUAAUGUUUGCGUGGACUCGAAGGGAAAAGCGUGCCGAUGUGAUAUGGAUUUUAGAUCAAUUCAAAGAGAUAAUACCCAGAACUCCCAAAAUUAUACAUUAACUGCAUUACCACGACGGAGUGAAGUGUAUAUAAGUAUUCAACGAAGCCAAAGAAUCCAUAAGCAUCGCAUCAUUGAGAAGUAUGGUGAACGUUUCGCAACGGAAGUUGAGAAGAAAGUGGACAAUUAUUACUUAAGAAUUCUUAAUACCAA